AUGAACAUCAGCCAAGACGCCAUCCCCCCUCAAGCCCGUGCACUCAUUACAGGAGCAGCGAAAGUUGCUACCUACGAAUCCACUGGCGAACGAGUAACAUCUCAAUUCGUCGAGCACAAUCUCAACCUCAUCCCAGCCAUCGCGCCGGGCUCCAUCAUCCACGACAACGCCUGUGGCUCCGGCACAGUGACAAGAGCCAUUCUCACCAACCCCUCCCCUCCUACAAACAUCCAAAUUUACGCCACAGACAUUGACCAGCCAUUCCUCGACAAAUUCUCCACAGACGCAACAUCCAAUGCCUGGCCCGUCACAAUCUCCAACCAGCGCGGCGAAGCCCUAUCUUUUGCAGACGAGACUUUCACGCACUCCUUCACCAACAUUGGCAUCAUCUUCUUCUCUUCCGCGGGGCUCGACGGCGCAAAGGAGAUCCAGCGCACCCUGAAACCAGGCGGUUUCGCUGUCGUGAACUGCUGGCAGUCUGUAGCGUGGCAACCUGCCGUCUUUGCUGUCCAUGCGCACUUUCGAUCAAAGCACCCGUUCCCUGCUCCUACUACCAACUGGAUUGAUGGCAAGCAUAUCCGCAAAGUGAUGCUUGACGCUGGCUUUGCCGAGGAGAAGAUGAAGGUCGAGGCUAGCGAGGCAUGGAUUAAAGUUGGUGGAGGCGAUGCAGGGUUUCGAGUUUGGGUGGAGAAGACCUGGGCUUAUCUCGCGGGUAUUGCGGGGUGGUUUGAGGACGAUGAGAAGGACUGGGAGGAUGAGGUGAAUAUGAUGGUGAAAGUGCUGAAGUCGCUUGGGGAGGACAAGGGCGUCAGAGUUGGGGACGGUGAGGUGCUGUUGAGGGCUAGCCAGUGGGUUGUUGUUGCUGAGAAGUAA